AUGGACUUGGAGGAGAUCCGGGCAAAGGCCCUGACGGAGUCACGUCGAGCUGGGGAGCUUGUGUCGUCGAGGGCCGACUUCGCACCUGCUCGGCGCACCGAGGACAACGAGGCGCUGGAGGAUCGGCUCACCAGAGGCGAGAUUACCGAGGAGGAGCUGGAGCGGCAGAGGCUGCCGGAGUCCCGUGUCGAGCGGGAUGCUAGGGCUCUGGGCUGGACCCCAAUGAGGCCUGACGGGCAGAGAAUGCCAGCCGCCGCACCAGCCAAGCCCGCGGUGGCUGCGCCGACUCGUCCUGCGGUAGUACUGGCGGGUGCAUGGGCGCAGGGUGCGCCGAAGGCGGUGGUACCAGCUCCGGUGCCAACUAGAGCUCAAUCGGGAGCUCCAUUGAGAGCGCCGACUAGGCCCGCGGUGCAAGCAUGCUCUCUCGGCGGAGCAGGUAUAGGCGACGACAUCGGCCGAAUGUCCCGGGGGCACAUCCUGCUGGAGGUCCAAUGGCCGAGGAGCCUACAAUCCUCCUCAGCGAUGGGUAGGGCCUGCCAAUGCCCGGAGGGAGGUGAGGCAUCCGCAGAACCUCAAUCCGCAGUGGCGGGCGGCCACCCAGAAUACCGAUCUGCUCCGGGGGAAUGUGGAGAGGCGGGAGAUCCCGAGGACGAGCGGAACCCGGCGUACCACGUACAGCGGUUCACGCAGAGAGCCAGUGGAAAUGGGAGGGUAGAGGAGAUCUACCACGACGACGAUCGAGACUACUCUGGGGGAGUGAACCUCAACCAGUAA